AUGCUAGGAUCCGAGAAGCUACUGGCGACACCUACCAGUGGAUCGAUGAACCUUAUUCAGCAUAUGACGAAGAAGGAUGUCUCCAAAGAAGACGGGGGCGCUGGUGGCGGCGGCGCGUCCGUCAAGUACGUGACGCCGCGAGAGCUGCUGUCGCAUCACGAGCGCGAGAUGAGUCAUCGUCGGAGGAAGGGGAGCGUUGCCACGGCGACGUCGCCGCGAGGUCGUUUGGCGAGCGUGCCGAGGCUGGGCGCGGGGCUGCGGCCGGGCGAGGAGCUGGUGCUGGCGUCGAGCGUGAACGUGAGGGCGCCACCGCUCAGCGCGGCGAAGGUAAGGGAAAUCGGCGUGUGCGCGCGAUUAUAA